CAUUGCCUAGCUAGGAAACCAUCAGCACAACAGAUGCAAUCACGAUACAUUCGCGGUUAUCGCCUAAGUACCCAAAUAAAAAGCCUCGUAGCGCUACGACGCAGAUACAGAGGUAUAUACGACAACGUAACUGACGUACAUAAGCUACUUCCGUGCUCUGCGCCCCGACGAACCUUCAGCAAUGAAGAACGUCUCAUCAACUCGUCAUGUGUGGUACCUAUACUUCUCCUGCAUGUUAGUGAAUGAUGACUUCUGAAGAAGGUCGCCGUCACAGCAGCUUCGCCAAGGUUGACCUGAGAAGCGAUGGCUUGCAGACGGUGGUUCCUGACUCACGUCGAAGUUGGUUGAUUUGUUUGUGUGCGUUCUCAAUCUUGUUUUGGACCAACUGUUUGUUGCACAGCGAGCCCGUGUUUUCUACAGCGUUUUCGGAAAUGCUUCAGAUCAGUAAGAGCAGCGGAGAAUGGCCUCUCUAUCUCUCGUACCUGUCGGGAUCGCUAUUGGCUCCAGCAGCCGGAUUCUUGACGAGGUCUCAUCCAAAAACCCUGAUUAUCUCAGCAACCCUAGCUGUAUCGUUAAUACUCAUGGCCUGCUUUCCCUUCUGCGAUUACAUCUUCUGGACCAUCCUCGUCGGUUUCUUCCUCGGAGGAGCCAUUGGUGCCACUAAAACAGUUUGCGUGUUCAUCGUGAACGCCUGCUUCAGACAGUACCGUUCCAUCGGCAACGGGUUAAGUCUCAGUGGCAACGCCUUAGCAGCCUAUGUAGGAGCUCCUUUUCUUCACAGCCUUACAAACGAGUUCGGCAUCAAGGGAAGCCUCCUUCUUAUGGGAGGCAUCACCAUGAAUGCUGUCAUAGCUGCUCUCGUAAUUAGUCGACACUCAUUCGACACUUCCCAAGAACCCGAGGAAGAACGCGUGUCUCUACCGACGGUGAAGUUGAGAAUGGACUUUGAGAACAAAGUCAUCAUGGAAGAGACAGCGUCGACUAUCGACGACGAAGACUUCGUAAAGACUUCGGUAAAGAACUGGUCAUUGAGUUCUGUUGAUGCUGUUGAAGAGCGACAUGCUGGGAUGAACGUCAUCGAGUGCGUUGCUGUGAUAGAACAUUGGGGUGACGACGCAGAUAGCUGCGAUAACUGUCCUAUGGGAUUUCUCGAGAGUGCAGAGAAACAGACCAGUGAGUUCAAUACGGCGGACGACGCGCCAGGCGAUGAACACGACAAGACCCAUGACUGGGAUGCAGGUAAGGACAGUACAGAACUGAACCCGUUGUUGCAAAGACGCGGAAGUUGGUACCACGAAGAUAAGGCAAUGGAAAGACGUAGGAGACUCUUAAAGAAAUGGGUUAGCUCGUCCAUAGAAUCUCUUAGAAGUCUGGGGCGAUCCCACGACGACGGGUACACGAGGUUAGUGGAUAUCGAAGUCGGUGAGAAGGAAAGGAACGACAGAAAAGACGUUCUGCAGAAGGACACACAAGAUUCGGUAGAAGAUGCGAAGAACACCAGGAGCGUUUCAUUUAGUGCAGGGACAACGGGAGCGCGGUGGAGACGAAAUUCUGCAACGCGAGAGAAACUCAAGCUUCACCGUGCGAAGUCGCAAGAAGGUUGUAUAGUGCGACAUGUUGAAGACCUCAACCUGCUGGAGCACCUGCCACUAGAGGCGCCUCAGAGUGAGCUACCGUCACAAGAAGCACAGCAAGUUGACGACAAGGUCAGUGCCACAGAAGCUGCCGGUCUUUCACGUUCAUCUACAGAGCAAUCACUUGACAAGGACAGCACUGACUUGCCCGCGUCUCACAUAUCCGACGCGCAGGCGUUCAGCAUCCCAGUUGAAGUCCCAGUGACUCGCCGGUACUCUCGUCUAGCGCAAGAUAUCCUCAUCCGUCAGUUGCAAGACAGACAGAGGAACAGAUUCUACAAUUACGUCAGCGUCUUUCGGAAUCCUACCUUGUACAUCAUUUGUAUUGCCAGCUCUGUGAUGCUGAACUCCAUCAUCAUAUUCCUUACUAAGCUCGCGGAUGUCCUUCGCGCAAAGCAACUGUCACCCACAAGUUUGAAAGACAAGAUGUUGCCCACGUUUCACAUCGGUGACAUCGCAGCUUGCCUCUGUUCCGGAUGGUUCACGGACGAAGGACACCUGAGAGUCCGGCGUGCCAUAGCUAUUGACCUAUUAAUCCUCGGAUCGUCAAUGCUGAUCGUGCCGCUACACACGAGUCUGAACACGUUUGCAAUUCAAAGCCUGCUUCAGGGAUGGGCCUUUGGACAAAGCACAGUGUUGUUUCCCGUGCUCCUAGUCAAAGCAUUGGGAAUGACGUCAUGUGGGCUGGCCUAUGGUGUGGUGAUGUUUGCAACCGGUGUCAGCACACUUCUACGUCAGCUGCUUGAGGUACAUUUCCGGGGUUCAUUCGGAACGCAAGACUUUAUCUUCAACUUCCACGGGAUUCUGGCGCUGGCUAUCGCGGGAGUGUUUGCUGUGGAGACGCAGUUCAACAGGGCCCUGGAGCGUAGAAAAUCGAGGACACAGGAACUCUGAGACAGUGUGUGUGUGUGUGUGUGUGUGUGUGUGUGUGUGUGUAGAGAUAAAUGCAGCAUACGGACUCUGUUUAUAAAUGUAGCAGUGCACCAGUGCGUACGUACAUAAUUGUUGAUGGCGUUGAAGUGCCAUGUCCGACGCCGAAAGGUGCGUCAGAGGAUUCGGAACUCUGGGAAGUCCUUUAAGAUGGAACUUCUCUCACAAUUCCAGAGGUGGUAGUCAUUUACAAAAUUGCGUUUACGUAUUAUUUGUGUAGGCUAGAACAGAAAAAACGGAAUAUGUCAUUCAAAACUCUCAACUACGGCUGAUGUUAUAUAGUAAAAGGCACCGAGUGCUUUGCCUUUUCAAGCUA